AUGAUUCACAAGAAAUCAAGAACGAAAACCAAUAGUUGGGUUAAAGCUUAUUCAUUCAUUUAUGUCGAUCUAUUAAACUCACAAGGCCACAGAUCUAUUAAGGGAGUUGGAGAAUACAGCAUGAAUCGAGAAUGCAAAAACGGAGCUACUAUCGUCAAAUCAAAGAGGAUUCAGAGGAAACGACCUAAAAUAAGGAUUUUUUUUCGAAUUGACAGUAUUUUCGAAAAUAAGGGCAAAGUUGGAAAUUCACUUAGAACUCUUGAGCGGGAAAACUGAAGCUGGAGUUGCUAAUGUAAUGCCACGUGGCCAUUUGGGUAUUGUUUGAUUAGAAGAGAAGAAUUAAUAAUUAUGUUAUCAAAAACAGUUCCUAAACCAAUUUAAAUGUUCAUAAACGGUCAUAAAUAUUAUUUUAUGAAAAUUUAAAUUAAUUUAU